AUGUCUGGCUCGUACCCGACACAGCAGCAGCACCACGAGCACCACCACUACCAGCACCACCCGCCGUCGUGCGACCCCUCGUCGUCGUACCCGCUCCCGGCCUUUGUCCACCGCGACUCGGGCUACUCUGGCGCACCCUCCGACCUGAACGCCAUGCGCCAACCGCCCUACGACCUCCCGACGGCCUACACCACCGCGUCGUACCGCCUGCCCGGCAGCGGCCCUAGCGCCAUGGCCCCGCCGCCGCCGCCUCAGCAGGGCGGCCCGUCGCUGUACUCGGCCGCUGCGCUCCUCCAGCAGCACCAGGCCAACCAGCACGCCUUCCUGUCGGGCCAGACGGGCGGCAACGCCAUCUUCAGCAACCUCGCCGUCCGCGGCAGCGAGUCGCCCGUCACGAGCACGAGCGGCAGCAGCGCGACGCCGAGCUCGCACGGCCGCAGCAGCGCCACGCCUGCCUCGAGUGCCCACGAGCCGUCGACGUCGGCGCCCCUCCCGACGCAGCCGCCGCCGUCGUCGUCGUCCAACGCGCCCGUGUCGCCCCAGGACGCCGACUUCUCGCAGACGUUCUACGACCCGUUCCGCAUCAAGCACCGUCGCAGGACCUCGCCGCCGCAGCUGCGCGUCCUCGAGUACCACUUUGACCGCAACCCCAAGCCCGACGUGUCGCUCCGCCGCGCCUUGUCGGAGCAGCUCGACAUGACGCCGCGCGAGGUCCAGGUCUGGUUCCAGAACCGCCGCGCCAAGGUCAAGAAGCUGCGCGAGAAGGCCGAGCGCGAGGCGGCCACGGCCGGCGAGGCCGACACGCCGAGGCUCCCGACGCCUCCACCGGCGCUCGCGGCCCUCAACGGCUCGGUGUCGCAGCUCUCGAUGCCGCCGGCCCCGCUCGGGCGCGCCGAGUACGGCGCCGACGACGUCUCGGCCCGCGCGCCGUCCAUGUUCAGCGCGCCGCCGACGCCUCACGACCAGUCGUUCCGGCCCAUGCCGACCGCCCCGUCCUACCUGUCGAUGCCGCCUGGACCUCCACCGUCGGUCCUGGCGGCGUACCCUCCCCCGCCGCCGACCUACUCGUCGUACCCGAGCCCGCUCCCGUCUUCCGGCCAGAGCGCCACCCCAUCGCCGCCGAUCGACUACCAAUACGGUCACCCGCACGCGACGCAGGCCGUCGCGUCACUGCCGCACCCGCCGCCGCUCCCGCUCCCGACCUACCUCGAGGCCGGGUACCCGGCGCCGCCUGGACGCCGCAUGUCGCUCCCGGCGCACGCGCUGUACGACGUCGCGAUGGGUCCGCCUCUCGGCUCGCCGUCCUCGACGACGACGACGACGUUCGAGCAGGCCGUGUCGUCGCUCCCGCCGCCGCCGCUCCACGCGCCGAUGCAGCACGUGCCGCCGACCUCGCUCCCGUCGACCUGCGGCGGCCCGCCGUGCUACGACCAACUCGCACCCGCGCCCAUACACGCACACGCGGGCGCGGCGUACGACGGCGUGCUCGGCGGCGGCAGCGGCGGCGGCGGCGGCAACUCGCCCCGUUCGAGCUACGGCGACGGGUCGGGCUCGGUCCCUCUCGGCGGCGGCGCCGAGUGGGACGGCUCGGCUCAGCAGCAGCCGCAGCAGGCGAUGUGGGGCGAGCGCGCGCCCUACGCGCCGCAGCUCGCCCGCCGUCGCUCGAGCGCGCCGGGCGAGAUGCUCCUCCAGCCGCUCGACCACGCCUCGCAGCCGUACGGGCGCGCGAGCCUCGCGUAUGCGACUGCGCCGCAGCAGCAGUGGGGCGCGGAAUACUCGACCGUGCCCCUCUCGCAGCAGCAGCAGCAGCAGCCGUCGUCGUCGUCGUUCGGCUACUCGGCGCCGCCGCCGCCGAACGGUGCCCUUUCGGCGCCGCUCUCGGCACACUCGGCGCGCCGUGCGUCGGUCGUGAGCCUCGCGCCCAUCUCGGAGCAGCCUCACGGGCAGGAGCAGGCGCACGACGGCGGGCCUGUCCGCCGCCCGAGGUCGGGCAACGGGCACGCGGCGGCGCACCCGUACGCGCGUUCGUCGCGCUCCGGGUCGGGCUCGCGGUCGGGAUCGGACGAAUGAGGCUCGUCGAGAGCGAGGGAGGGAGGGCGAGCAGUGUCUAUAGCUGGCGGCGAGGGCGGAAGUGGGAUGAAGAGUGGGUUCGAGCGUUUCUCUCUUGAGCGUCACCCUCGCUGUACCUUUGCGCGAUCGCUUUGCCGCAAUACAACGUCUUGUCAUACCUCGAG